AGUUUUAGUUAUGAACUGCAAUUUACUAUUUUGUAAAUUUUUUUACGAUUUAUUUUAAUAUUAUAUUUGAAUAAUAUAUAUUUUUAUUUAUGAUAUAAAAUUGUAUACUUUGUGUUUAAGUAUUAAUAUCUUUUUGUAGAUUACACCGUGAUUACCAAACAGGUAUAUCAAAUAGUCACUAUGCAUACCGAUCAACAAGUGAAAAAAAGAUUACAAGAUGAAUUUAAUGACAUAGAAUCGAAGAAUAUGUGGAACAUCACGUUCAGAUUUGUUGAAGUAGAAAGUUCAAAAAUUAAGAAAACAUCUGAUGAAGCAAAGAAACCACAAAAUAAGGCAUUAAAUAGAUAUCAAGAUGUUUCACCUUAUGAUGAAACUAGAAUUAUCCUAAAGAGAGGAAAUGUAUCUUACAUAAAUGCCAAUCUUGUCCAAGUAUGUAAUUGUGAAAGGCAGUAUAUACUAACGCAAGGACCCUUAGAAAACAGCACUUCUCAUUUUUGGCUUAUGGUAUGGGAACAAAGUUCUAAAGCCAUCGUAAUGUUGAACAAAGUUAUUGAAAAGAAAAAACUUAAAUGUCAUCAAUAUUGGCCAAAGAAAAAAAAGGAUAAUGAUAAAUUUGUUUGGAAUGAUGUUGGUCUAUCUGUAGAAUUUGUCUCUAAAAUCAAUCAUGGGUUUUAUGCACUAAGUGUUUUAAAACUUAAUGACUUAGAUUCUGGAGAAUCUCGUGAAAUUUAUCAUUUCCAUUAUACUGAUUGGCCAGAUUUUGGAGUACCCAAAACACCCACACCAUUUUUACGAUUUCUCAGAGAUGUUAGACGUAGUGGUAGUCUUGAUCCAUCUCACGGACCGAUUGUCGUUCAUUGUUCUGCAGGAAUAGGUCGUUCAGGGACAUUUUGUCUAAUAGAUUCCUGCCUUGUAAAAAUGAAUACACCAGAAGGCUUAAACUAUGUUCACAUACGUACAUUACUAGCAGAAAUGAGAAAAUGUAGAUUGGGACUUGUUCAGGCUCCUGAACAACUUCGAUUUGUAUACCAAAGUGUUAUUGAAGCCCUUGAUUCAAAUUGGGAAGCAGAUAAUGAGGAUAAUUUACCUAGCUUAGAUGGCUCACUGUUGAAUAAUAUAAGCGAAUCAGACUGUGAAAGUAGUGAUAGCGAAUUAAGCAGUGAAGCACCACCUUUACCGCCCCCUCGUAUGGAAUCAUUAAGGCAGCAGGAUGAAGAUGAUUAUGAUGAUGACGAAUCGUUAGUGUCAGAAUCUGAUAGUGAUGAAAAUGAAUCAACUCCACCACCAUUACCACCUCCUAGAGAUCUCGAUUUAUCUAAAUCUAAUGAUCGUAUGGAUACAUCAAAUACCAAAGACGAACGUAACAAGAACAAAGCUGAAGGAGAGGCAGAAAAAACCAAAAUUAUGGCAGACAAAUUAAAAAUAAUGAAGAGAAAACAAAAAGAGCAAGAAAAAUGGGAACAAAUCAAAAGGUCGUGGUUUUAUCCAUUGAGAAAUUUAGGAAUUGGAGUUUUAGCUCUUAGUGGUGGUGUAAUGAUUGUUGCAUACUUGAUGAAUUAUAAAAAAUAACGGUUUUUCAUUUAGUUAUUUAUACUCGGCUUUACAAUUUACAAGGGCAUUAACAGGCAUAUACAAUAUUUGCUUUAAUUUAAAUAUAAUAAGAAGUGGUAAUAUAGAUGACGACCAAAUAUUUAUCAAAAUAGCUAAACUUCCAUUUGAAUAAAAAGAAGACUGAAAAUAAGCAUAAUAAAAAUAAAAAAAAGAAUAAAGCCAAAUUUUACUUUGAUAUUCUACCUUAGUUUUAAUUUGUUUUAUAAUUAUAAUAAAAUUACAUGGAAUUUUGUCUAUAAAACAAAUUAAAAUUAUCUUUGUGAAUUGUAGAUGUCGAGCUUUAUAAACAAAACAAAAAUGUAAAUAAUUUCUAAUAGCAUAAAUCAUACCAUUUUAUUUAAAUUUAGUUAGUAACACAUGUAAGUAAAUAAUAUAUCUAUUUUCUUAAUGAAUUGAUUAAAAUUAAUCAUUCCGUAAAUUAUAUUAUACUGUCUAAUGAAGUAACACUAUAUUAUCGAGUUGAAUUAAGUUUUAUUUUAAUAAAAAUAUAAAAUGUUAAUCUAC